AUGCAUUCGCUGCUUCCGAAAAGCGGCUUCAGGCCGCCCAAGCGCAGAGUCAAUGUGCUGGCAUAUAUGACCGCGAAAAUCGGCCCCGAGAUUCUUCCUCUCCUGUUACAGCGAUCAGAUAUCAAUCUAAAGGUCAUAUCGGAUUGUCCCAAGUCCGAAUUCCAGGAAUACUUAGGAGAUGCAUGUAGUAUCGCAAACUUGCAUUGGAUUGACAAUGCACCAGUCGACCCUUAUAGGAGGCAGAAAGAAAUGCAGGGCCACAAGCUGGCACGCUGGGCGGAUAUACUUGUCAUGGUUGCUGAUGCUGGAAUGAUUUCUCUUAUACUUGCAGGCAUGACGACCGAUGUUUUGCUGCAUGCAAUACGAUGUUGGGAUACAUCGAAACGGGUUGUUAUGUUGCCUGAGCUCAGCACUGAACAGGUGAAGAGUCCGAUCUGGAGAAGGCAUCUAGGGAAAUUGCGCCGGAAAUGGGAAUGGAUACAAAUCUUGGAACCUGCCAUCUGGUCUUGGGCCUUGCCCAGUGAUUGCCAAUCCCUGGAUGACGACCUGGAAACCGAAUCAGAGAUCGAAUGGGACUGGGCAGGUGACACAGAGCUGCUUGAGGCUAUCCAUUCAGAGACCGAGAUGGUUCUUCGGAGAGCUCGCGCCCUAGCUCUACCGGUUGCAGUGAAGCCGGAGCAUUCGAGCAAGUCUGCUUUACCGUUAGAAAUUUGGACCCAAAUAUUCGACCACUUAGGCGAUUGGGAAGUGGCUACCGCCCUUGAUAUUUACACACAUAUCCCUACGCCGAGUAAGUGGCAUGGUCUGGUGCCCGAGUCAGGUAGCAAAGCACGCAGCCUGGAGUGGGUCAUUCUGACACGACCAAUAGGUCAAGUCAAGCUCUUCUUCGAGAAGCACUCGAAAGACCAACCCUUGACCUUGUCGCCUAUUUCCUUAGACAUCAUAUUCAGGUUCGCCAGGACCGAUGUACUGACGUAUCUGGCUUCGAAUCAGAAGGAUAUCUUCUGGACCUCUUUCCCAUCCACCGUCCUCCCUCAUAAAGCCUCGUGCAUCUAUAACUCACCCGCAAUACUACAGUGGUGGAAAGACUGCCCAGCUGUCAUCAAGAAAGUCUACGAGGCCAUCGCAAUAGACGGCGCGUCACGUGCCGGAUUCAUAGAGGUGCUGCAGUGGUGGCUAGAUUCUGGCUUACCAUUACACUAUACCGAGCGAGCCUUGGAGAACGCCAGCUCAAGAGGUCUGGUCGAUGUCCUCGACUGGUGGCGCAUGAACAACCUCAAGCUCGCCGGCACGUCCCGCGAGCUGCCCCUCAAGGUUGGCAAGUCAAUCUGGCUCGCUGCACAAUGCGGUCGUGUACAGUCCAUUGCAUGGUGGGAACGAAGUGGCAUCCCCUACUCGCACGAAGAGCGCGUCGCCACUGUCGCCUCGCAAGGCGGUCAUGUCGAGGUUCUGGAUCUAUGGUACAGCCUGAAAGGGUCCAAGAUGAUCUUCGACAACCAAGUGUUGGUCGGUCCAACGAAGCACGGUCACGCAAACGUGCUGGAGUGGUGGAAAGAGGCUAGUCGUAAAUGGGGAUUGCGCGUUGAGUACAAGACUUGCGACAUUGAGGAAGCAAUGGAAGAUGCCGUUGGCGGUGGUGGAGAAGGCGAGGUACGUGAGUGGUGGGCGAGGAAUGGUCUUAACCUUGGAGUUGGGACUGGUGAGUGGAUGAAGGUGAAGACUUUGUAG